AUGGGAAAAUCUCCUUGUUGUGAUGAACCUGGACUCAAGAAAGGGCCCUGGACUCCCGAAGAGGAUGAAAAGCUUGUGCAGUACAUCCAACAACACGGUCAUGGAAGCUGGCGAGCUCUUCCCAAGCUUGCAGGUCUCAACAGAUGUGGCAAGAGCUGUAGGUUGAGAUGGACAAAUUACUUAAGACCUGAUAUAAAAAGAGGCCAUUUUUCUCAAGAGGAGGAGCAGACCAUUCUACAUCUCCAUUCCAUCCUCGGAAACAAAUGGUCAGCAAUUGCAACACAUCUAGACGGACGAACUGACAAUGAGAUCAAGAAUUUCUGGAAUACUCAUUUGAAGAAAAAACUGAUCCAGAUGGGGAUUGAUCCGAUGACCCAUCAACCCAGAACUGACCUCUUCUCCAACCUCCAGGACCUUUUGCCGCUGCAAUUUCAGACGUUGGAUCAACUUGCUGCUACAACAUUACAUGAUGCUGCAGAAGCUGUAGCUCAGUUGGUCAAGCUUCAAUACCUGCACCAGCAAUAUGUACUCCAAUCACAUUUGUUAAACUCUAGUGUUGGCAGUUAUGCUCCUCCUCCUAUACAAGAAAACCUCCCAGUUUUAAAUUCAUCCCAACUGGUACUUGAAAAUGCUAGCUCAUCUUCUCAACCACUCCACUAUGGAAGCUCAGUACCCCAUCACAACAACCCACAAGUCCCUUUCAGUACUUUUGCAGUCCCUGAAAUUGAUGAAAUGGGUCAAUGCACGAACUUUACUUCAAUGGUCAGUAGUCUCAGCCAAGCAGAGAAGAACCCACCUGAAAUUUAUGAAUACUCCCCAUACUCUUCUAAUACUCCUACACCUGUGGCUGAUACUUUAAUUAACAAUCCUGGAGAUGCCAGCUGCAGCACUUCAGUAAUGGAGGAAUAA